AGUGCUGUGGUCCCCACACGUCUGGAGUAAGAACGCAGCUGGAUACGUGGCGGGAUACGAAUUCCCGCCAAAGGUUUGAAUGAGCUGCGCCCGGUGCCUCACGGGAGUUGUAGUUCAUUGGCGCGCUGCUGGGGUCGGAGGACUACCUUUCCCGCCGUGCUUUGCGGGCGCAGCCGCUGGUUGCGCAUGCGCGCGGGGCUCGUUUGGCGCCGGAGGAUGAAAAAUGUCGUCGUUCGUGGCCGAGGUGCUGGCGUCGUCGGGGAAGUUGGAGAAGGAGGACAUCGGCACCAAGAUCAGCAGGUUGGCCCGGCGGGUGGAGGAAGUCAAGGGUGAAGUAUGCAACAUGAUAAUCAAGAAGUACGAGGAGUUCAUCCCCAGUUUAAAGAAUGGAGAGGAUCUGGUAAAUCAGGUGGAUGAUGUCUCUAUGGAGAUAGAUGUCCUGAAGUCACAAAUUGAAAAUCAGGUGCAGAGGGACCUCCGAGUUGCUGUUACUGAAUUCAGUGAACUGAAACAACAGCUGGAAAAAAGUACAGCUUUACUGAGUGUGUUAACACAGUUACAUGAGUUUGAUACAGCCCUAGAAACACAUCACCAAGCUUUGUUAGAAAAAAACUAUACCAAAUCUGCUGCUCACCUCAAUAAGGCACAGCAUAAUCUUACCUUACUAAAAUCAAGAAAGGGUGUUGAGCUGAAGAUGUUGCAAAUACUUAACACAGAGCUCAUCAUACAGAAGGAGAAAUUGCUGUAUCAUUUAGGGGAAGAGUGGAAACAGCUGGCAUUAUGGAACCUUCCCCCUUCACCAGCACCAAUAAAAGCUGAGGAUUUGUUCAGAUGGACUUUGAAGACUGAGCUGCGCUUGUGCAACAUGAUGUCAAAGAGGAAGAGUGAUUUUGAGCCACUGCUUGUAUCAAUACUUCAGGGCUUCGCUCUCCUUGGUGAACUGAACAGAAAACUGAAAUUCUUUAGUCAGAUCUUGUUGAAAUACAUUUUGAAACCGCUGGUUGUUGAGCCUUCCCUUGAAGUUGAGAUUGAACUUCAGGCAAACGAUGCAGUUUUAAGAUUCACCGGAGUUGACAGCAAAUCUGAUCAUGAGUCACCAGCAAAAGUUUACCAGAAGAUCACAACCGUUUUGGAGUUCCUGUACCAGCAUCUGCUUUAUAUGCCUCUCUGGGACUCCGUGGAUCGUGAAGAAAAGCAGGAGGUAAAACUGGCAGAAUUGCUGGGUGGCAUGAUCUGGGAGGAAUUAUCAGAAAUCAUUAUUAAGAACUGUUUGGUAUUUUCUAUACCAGCAAACAGCAGCCAGUUGGAGCUGUAUGAAGAGGUGAUAAAAGCAACAGAUAAAUUUGAGGAAAAACUCAAAGAGAUGCAGUUUUUGCAGGGCCACUCCACAGACUUGCUGAAAUAUGCGAGAAAUGUAAAUGUUCAUUUUGCCAGUAAGAAGUGUCAAGACGUGAUAGUGACUGCCAGAAACCUGAUGACGUCUGAGAUCCACAACACUGUAAAGAUUACAGCUGAUUCGAAGAUCUCCAUCCCAAAGCUUCCCAGUCUAGUCAGUAAAGUAAAAAUGCCUAAGACUUCCAACAUUGUUCCGAGCGACAUGGUAAGCUUGGGGAGUGGGAAGCAGCUCAGCAGUCGAACAAUGUGUUUACCUGCCUGCCGAAUCAGUGAAUCCGUCCAGAAACUGGUGGAACUGGCCUACCAGACACUUUCAGAGGCUACAAGCGGCACACCCGAAUGUGCUGUGCAGUUGUUCUACACGGUUAGAAACAUGUUCCACUUGUUCUAUGAUGUUGUUCCAACCUAUCACAAGGAGACGCUGCAGAAGUUGCCCCAACUGGCUGCUAUCCACCACAACAAUUGCAUGUACAUUGCCCACCACUUGAUUACCCUGGGACACCAAUUCCAGUGCAGUCUCCCAAGUCCUUUGUGCGAUGGAGCAGCAACCUUUGUAGACUUUGUGCCAAGUUUUAGGCGAUUAGGAACGGAAUGCUUUUUGGCACAGUUGCGUACCCAAAGAGAUGAGUUGUUGGAAAGAUUGUCAACUGCAAGAAAUCUUUCGAGUUUGGAGGAUGCGGGUAAUUACUCGGCUGCAAACAAAGCUAUCCGGCAGGUGAUUCAUCAGUUGAAGAGGCUGGGCAAAGUUUGGCAAGAUGUGCUUCCAGUUCACAUAUAUUGUAAAGCUGUGGGUACUUUGCUUAACACGGCAAUCACAGAUAUUGUGAACAAAAUCACAAUGCUGGAGGACAUUACCUCGGAGAGUGCUGAUGGCCUUUAUUCAUUAUGUAAAACCAUACUUGAAGAAGGGCCUGGAAUUUUUCAACCGCUACCUGAAGAAAGCAAGAACAAAAAGUUUCAGGAAGAGAUACCAAUUUAUGUGCCAAAGUGGCUGAAAUUCAAAGAGCUGAUGAUAGUUCUUCAGGCUAGCCUGCAGGAGCUGGUGGACAGGUGGACUGAUGGGAAGGGCCCAUUUGCAGCAGAAUUUUCUCCAAUUGAGGCAAAGAAUUUGAUCCGAGCUCUGUUUCAGAAUACAGAGCGAAGAGCGGCAGCACUGGCUAAAAUUAAAUGAAUAUAGUUAUGACUUUUCUCAUGCAUUCAAUAAAUUGUUACGAAAUGUACAUUUAUCUUGUAAGCACUACAUUUUUAAUCUACUAUGUUUAUUACAUGUAGAAUAUUGUAGAAACGUUCAGGAAACUUUGUUCUGUGGAAUAAAAAGAUUGUAUAUACUUUAUUUUUGAAAUUGUACUCCAUGUAGCUCUUUGAUUGUUAUUGGAGCAAGUAAUUUAUUGCAACAGAAGAUUUGCCAUUGGUUGACUUUGAAUAUUUUAACUGUCAUUGGGAUUUCUUUUGUACAAUUGAAAUGGUAGGUUUUAUUGUGUUUAAGCAAACCGACCUUGCUGAAACCCUUUUUUUUUCCUAAGUGCUUUCAUUAUGAAUACCAAAUUACCUAUAUUAUAUCUCCUAUCUGUUCCUUCCUACAGCUAUUCCUCAAUUUAUGAAGUUUUGCUGUAAAGCCAUUAACUCGGCAGGGUACAAGAGCCCUAAUUUGCAAAGUAUUUUUGCUAUAAUGUAAAGAAAGCCAGUCUCUCUCUAUAAUGUGUUUUGUGCUUCCUGCCAUACCACAUUCCAUAAAGAUUGCAGUGCUCAAUUUGUGUUUGUAAUUCUUCAGAAGUUUGUAAUUCUUGCAUGAUGGCUGCAUAAUGCCCCAGUAGUUCUGAGGAUUGCUCUUGUGCUAAGAAAUCAUGGCAAGCCUGGAGCAUUAGUAUUAAGCUAGGUGUAAUUAAUGGAGAAGUGGAAAUUGAGGAUUUUGUGGCCAUCAGUUGUGCAUUAAAUCCUGAAGCAUCGACC